UAAAAUGCUUGUACACCUCUUAAUAAGCGGGUUGGUUUCCUGUUGUUUUCUGUUAGUUGGCAUUAUAGGGGAAAAUAUGUUGGGGCCGGGCACAUGGUUAAUCCUGAACGUACAAGAGUGCGCACGGGAUUCAGAGAUGCCGUGGCGAGUGCGCGUGCGACGGCACAAGCUCAACCGCACGCACGACGCUUUCAACGGCAACGUGUCCUUGUUAGAAGAUCUUGAUGAAUCUUACGGCGGGCGCCUAGAAAUAUGCAAGAUGGUGAUCGGUGGGUGCAAACAUUUCUCUACUCGGAAGACUGAUUGCUUGGCCGAAUCAGUGAAAAAAUACGGAGAAGAGAGCGCGAGGAGAGCAUUUGCGUUCGUUGGGAUUGACCCGCCCACAUUCCCUAUUCCGAAAGGAGACUACCACGCGGAGAACUACUUGGCGAACAUGAGCAAUGUUCUCAAAGAAGGCGUAUAUGGGGAAUUUAAGACGGACUGUUACAUAGUGAAAGACGGGAUGGAUGUGGCGUGCCUACAGAUGUACGUCAAAUACGAACCAGUUAACAACUAUGACUACGACGAUUAAUAGCAAUCAAUAUAGUAUACCAA